CGCGCGAGUGUGGUGCCGGGCUCCAACGUUCGGUCGGUCGGCGGCGCGCGCAGCGCACUUCGUUUGCAUGUCAAAUGCGCAGAGGCCAGGAGCCUGGAGGGCAAAGAAUUCCUGGUGUCCAGGGCUGAGUUCGCUGUGUUCUCGGGGCUGUUCAGGUCCGAACGCGCGUUCGCCAACUACGUGUGCCACCUGCGUGCGGUUUCGUUUGCGUUUGGCUUCGCUGCCGAGGCGCUCGAGGAGUCGGUUGUGAAGCGCAUUAAGCACGCGGUCGCGAAGCGCACUUCCUUCGUCCCGCGCCCAAAGACAUUCGUGCUGCGGGGCCUCAUCGAGCGCGUGCUCACCCUGGCGACGGAAGGCAGAGUGGGCCGUCGCCUCGCGCUGCUGUUCGCGCUGGCGUACAAAUUUCUGCUCCGCCUCCCGUCGGAGGCCCUCAUAAUUUCUGUCAGCAGUUGUGGCGCCUUUGACGCCGCGGCCCCGGCGUCGGUCGUUGUGGCCGGGGCGGCUCUCAGCCUCUGGCUCGCGCGGCGCAAGAAUAAAGGGCGCCCCGCGACGUGGUGGCGCCGCUGCUGGUGCGCCUCGUUGCGUAUCUCGUGCCCCGUGCACGCCAGUGGGCCGUGCCUCGCCUCGGGCGCUCGGGAUUGCCCGCUGUCUGCCGGCAUCGCGAGCGCGGCGGCCACCGAAGUCAACGCGAAUGUUUACGCCACGCGCGCGAUGCGCCGCGGCCAUGCGUGGGACCUCUUGGUAGGCGGCUCCACCGUCGGCGAAAUUAAGCGCGCUGGGGGCUGGUAG